GAAGCACAGCCUGAUCAGGAAUGUUCACCCUUGCAGAAGUUGCAUCGCUCAAUGACAUCCAGCCAACCUAUCGUAUCUUGAAACCAUGGUGGGAUGUGUUUAUGGAUUAUCUAGCUGUUGUUAUGUUAAUGGUUGCCAUUUUUGCUGGAACCAUGCAGCUGACCAAAGACCAGGUGGUCUGCUUGCCCGUUUUGCAGUCUACUGUAAAUUCAAAAGCACAACCUGGCAUGUCAGGGAAGGCUGACUUCACCACUGUCGAAACAACCACUGGUCAAGGAGAAGACAUGUCAACGAGAACGGUUUCCUUUGAAAGUGCACCUACUGUAACACCUGACAUACCUCUGAGCAGACCUGCCUCUGAUCAGUCUCAACCUCCUGAGUCAGGCCAGGAGCUGAAGAAGGAGCAGAAAGAUUCUUCAGGCCGUAAAACAAAUUUGGAUUUUCAGCAAUAUGUAUUUAUUAAUCAGAUGUGCUACCAUUUGGCUCUUCCUUGGUAUUCAAAGUAUUUUCCCUAUCUGGUUCUCAUCCAUACUAUCAUUUUAAUAGUCAGUAGCAAUUUUUGGUUCAAGUAUCCCAAGACUUGCUCAAAAAUUGAGCAUUUUGUGUCUAUAUUAGGGAAGUGCUUUGAGUCCCCAUGGACUACAAAAGCAUUGUCUGAAACGGCAUGUGAAGAUUCGGAGGAGAACAAACAGAGGUUAACUGGUGCCCAGUCCCUGUCCAAGUAUGUCUCCACUAGCAGCGAUGAAGGAAGCCCAAGUGCCAACACUCCCAUGAUAACAAAGUCUGGCUUCAAAUUUUCAGCUGAUAAGCCAAUGAUUGAGGUUCCCAGUGUCACUAUUUUAGAUAAGAAAGAUGGAGAGCAAGCCAAAGCGCUGUUCGAGAAAGUCCGCAAGUUCCGUGCUCACGUGGAAGACAGUGAUCUGAUCUACAAGCUCUAUGUUGGCCAGACCAUCAUCAAGACUGUCAAGUUCAUAUUUAUUCUCUGCUAUACUGCAAACUUUGUCAACACUAUUAGCUUUGAACACAUCUGCAAUCCGAAAGUGGAGCACUUGAUCGGCUACACACAGUUUGAAUGUACGCACAACAUGGCUUACAUGUUGAAGAAGUUGCUUAUUAGCUAUAUUUCCCUCAUUUGUGUCUAUGGUUUUAUCUGUCUCUACACGCUCUUCUGGCUGUUCCGAAUACCUUUGAAAGAAUAUUCCUUUGAAAAGGUCAGAGAAGAGAGUAGCUUCAGCGAUAUUCCUGACGUCAAAAACGAUUUUGCGUUUCUCUUGCAUAUGGUAGAUCAGUACGACCAGCUGUAUUCUAAGCGAUUCGGUGUCUUUUUGUCAGAGGUGAGUGAGAACAAACUCCGGGAGAUCAGUUUAAACCACGAAUGGACUUUUGAAAAGCUGCGGCAGCACGUUUCCCGCAAUGCCCAAGACAAACAGGAGUUGCAUCUCUUCAUGCUGUCGGGGGUCCCCGAUGCAGUGUUCGACCUGACGGAUCUGGAUGUUUUGAAGCUCGAGCUGAUUCCCGAAGCAAAGAUACCGGCAAAAAUUUCUCAGAUGACCAAUCUUCAGGAGCUUCAUCUGUGCCACUGCCCUGCAAAGGUCGAGCAGACUGCCUUCAGCUUCCUCCGGGACCACUUGAGAUGCCUUCAUGUAAAAUUCACAGAUGUUGCAGAAAUUCCCGCAUGGGUGUAUUUGCUCAAAAACCUCCGUGAAUUGUACUUGAUAGGCAACUUGAACUCUGAAAACAAUAAAAUGAUAGGGCUUGAAUCUCUCAGAGAGUUGAGACACCUUAAAAUUCUCUAUGUGAAGAGCAAUUUGACCAAAAUUCCCCCCAAUAUCACAGAUGUGGCACCACAUCUGACAAAGCUAGUCAUUCUGAAUGACGGCACUAAGCUCGUGGUACUCAAUAGCCUUAAGAAGAUGACUAAUGUUGCAGAGUUGGAACUGCAGAACUGUGAACUGGAGAGAAUCCCCCAUGCCAUUUUCAGCCUCUCUAACUUGCAGGAACUGGAUUUAAAGUCAAAUAGCAUACGCACAAUUGAAGAAAUCAUUAGUUUCCAGCACUUAAAAAGAUUGACUUGUUUAAAGCUGUGGCACAAUAAAAUAGUUAACAUUCCUUCCUCCAUUACUCACAUAAGGAAUUUAGAGUCUCUUUAUCUCUCCAAUAACAAACUCGAAUCCUUACCAGCUGCAGUGUUCAGUUUACAAAAACUUAGGUGUUUAGAUGUAAGCUACAACUCAAUUGCAUUGAUUCCAGCAGAAAUAGGUUUGCUUCAAAAUCUGCAGCAUUUCUACAUCACAGGAAACAAAAUCGACACUUUGCCAAAACAGUUGUUUAAAUGUGUUAAAUUGAGGACUUUGUGUCUGGGACAAAACUGUAUUACCUCAAUCCCAGAUAAAGUUAGUCAACUGUUGCAGCUGACUCAUCUGGAACUGAAGGGAAACUGCUUGGAAUAUCUGCCAGCCACUCUGGGGCAGUGUCAGCUUCUCAGGAAAAGCGGGCUCGUGGUGGAAGAUCAUCUUUUUGACACUUUGCCCUCAAAAGUUAAGGAGAUGUUGAAUCAAGACACAAGCAUUCCUUUUGCUAAUGGGAUUUAG